UUUUUUUCAAUUAAAUAUUUUUUUAUUGAUAUUUUGAAUCAAUUUAAGUAUUGAGAUAAAACGAGGGAAUUUUUCAUUGCGCCGGAAUUAAUGAGCAUAAAAAUAUUAUACCCUUGUGUGCCGUUUGUGAGUAGAUGGGUUCGAAGAACGAUGAUUCUCCGAUCGGCAUUCCUGCUUUUUACGCAGGCAGGAGUGUUCUUGUGACUGGUGCAACGGGAUUCAUGGGCAAAGUAUUGAUCGAAAAAUUGUUAAGAUCGUGUCCGGAUGUUCGAGAAAUUUUUUUGCUUCUACGACCAAAAAAAAAUAUGCCGAUUGAUGACCGACUUCGAAAAAUGCUUUCACUACCACUUUUCGACAAAAUCAGAGACGAGCGACCAGGAUCUUUCGAAAAACUCAUACCAGUAAUUGGUGACGUCACCAAGGAAAGUCUUGGCCUGCCAAUGGUAGAAAGAAACGUCUUAAUCAACCGAGUGUCUAUAGUAUUCCACGUCGCUGCCAGUGUUAGAUUCGACGACAGUCUCAAAGCAGCAGUCUUUCUCAACACAAGAUCCACCAGAGACAUUUGCAAUCUUGCCACACAAAUGACGCAACUAGUGGCUUUGGUUCACGUGAGCACAACCUAUAGUCAGGCAGACAAGUCCCACGUCGAAGAGAAGAUAUAUACGAGUGAUGUGGAUUGGAAGAGGACGAUCAAAAUUGCUGAGAAUGUGGAUGAACAUGUUUUGGAAACUUUAACGCCCAAGUUUUUAGGACCUUUUCCGAACACAUACACAUUCACCAAAAGAUUGGCCGAACAAGUCAUCAGCGAUUACUCUGCAGUCAUUCCGACCGUUGUGUUCAGACCAUCAAUAGUGAUAUCUACCCUCGCUGAACCCAUGAAAGGAUGGCUGGACAAUUUCAAUGGACCCGUAGGGAUGAUGGUAGGAGGUGGAAAAGGUGUACUUCGUGUGCUGUAUUGCGAUGCUAAAACCAAAGCAGAUUUCAUACCCGUCGACAUAGCUAUAAAAGCGAUGAUAACUGCUUGUUGGAAAAGAGGGAUCACCACGAUUACAAAAGACCCUUCCGUUCACGUUUAUAACUGUUCAUCCGCGGAUACAAAGAAUAUUACUUUGCAAGAACUCAUCAAUAUGGGUCUCAAGUACAACGAACAAAUCCCCCUCGAGGGAUGUCUUUGGAAACCAUCCACGAUCAGAACGAACGAGAAAAUUGUCUAUUAUAUUCUCAUGUUAUUUCUCCAUUUGCUUCCGGCCAUAUUCAUCGAUGGAUUAUUGAAAAUGAGUGGUCGAAAGCCUACGCUAGUGAAACUACAGCGCAAAGUCUACAUAGCCAACAGUGCCUUAAAAUAUUUCUUGAUGCACGAAUGGUACUUUGAGAACAAAGGAUUGCAGAACCUUCUUACAAAAGUUUUGCCAACUGAUUAUGAAACUUUCGGUUAUGAUUACGCUACUUUCGAUAUAUAUACCUACUUCAAACACUGUUUAAUUGGAGCAAAAACUUAUCUCCUUCAGGAAGAUAUGAAAAACCUCCCACAGGCCAAGCAGCAUUUCAGAAGAAUGUGGUGGAUUGACGCUGGAUUCAAAGUCUGGAUUGGAAGUAUUGCCGUUUGGUUUUUCAUCAAAGCCUUAAUGAGGACCAUUUAGCCAUCGAGUGAUAUCCAUGGUUUUUAUCCUAUUCGAAAUUAAGUAACUUUCAUAGCCCCCAAAUAAUUUGCAUUUGAAAAGUAUGUUACUUAAAUGAGUGUGGAACUAUUGAGUUUCAAAACCAAAUGUUUUUAACUAAAUGAGUGUGAAUUGUCAUAACCAAUAAAAGUACUUGAUUAGCUUCAGAGUA